UAAGAAAUGUGGUCGUCGAAAGAAAGUUAGGGAGCUGGCUGGGCGGACAUGGGGUAGAUAUACUGCUCGUAUUCGAGAAUGCUGGAACUAGGAGGAACAGUUCAUGAACAGGCUCGACUGGACCGUAGAACAUUCGAGCACUGUCCCUAUCCGUGCAUCCUCCCUUUUCCGGCAACAGCCGUGACGUCACCGGCCUCAUCACUGCUCGAGCCUCUUCCAGAGCCCGGUUUCCGGACCAGCCCGGCCGUUUCCCCACGCUUCCCGUCCUCGCCUGGGCCAACCGCCCGACUUCCCGUUUUGGGACCCGCCCAACUCUGCGUUGACCGCCAUGCUGGCUCGCCGAGCUCUCCAGGGCCUUGCCCGCCCUCUCACACGUCUUUCUUCUACCUCAACGCCUGUUCCUACGCACGAGGCACCCUCUUCAUCUGUCGCCAUCCCCCAGUCUCCCAAUCACCCGAACACAUGGUCGACUAGUCAGCGUCCCCGACCUCAGCAGCAUUCGGGCCCGCGUUUCGAGCAGACUGUUAUGGAGCUCCAGCCUAACCCGCUCAGCGCCAUGGAAAUGAUUAACAAAGAGCCCAUCCGUGUUGUCCACGGUCGCAAAGCCGUCUGCGACGGUGGAGGAGGUCCUCUCGGUCAUCCUAAGAUCUUCAUCAACCUGGACAAGCCAGGACCGCGGGCGUGUGGAUACUGCGGUCUCCGCUUCGAGCAGGCACAUCAUCACUAGGUCUCCCACUGGCCCCCUUAUAUACAGUCGCCUCAUCUCUAUAGCGGGCCAAUGCCAUUCUCUCUGUGAUCGUUCUCUUAUACACUCUGCCGCGCUGUCGCUCGACGUCAGACCGAUCCGAUCCCUUCAUCGGUGCGUUCGACUUCCUCCGACGUGCGAAUACCGGUCGAUCGUGCCCUUGUACGUGACCCUUCUCUCAUUCAGCGUACCUAUCCGUCGAAGUACCGCUUCCCUAACGCAACCUGCGACUCGCGAAUCCGUCUUGGAAUGCCUAUGCUUCUUGGACCUCAGUUCGCCCCGACGUACACCAUCAUCAUGCGUCCCUGCCCACAGCAUCGGUGUGUGACACCUUCGCAAGAACAUACCCGUAGGUCCGCGUACGUAUCGGCGUCGAAGUCCGUCAGACCCGCGUCGCGGAAAAGGUUAGAGUUCGGCACAUCCUUCAGUCAAUCCCACGAUCUACCACAGCCUCGACGUCGACGUUCUCGCACUCCGCUCCGGAGUUACAGCGUGCGUAGGACGGCAGAUCAUGGGUGCAUUCAUUCUCUUGGCUCGUGCCCAACCUGCGCGGUCUAGGCCAUCCGUCAGCCUUCAUUGACGUCGGACUUCCUGUGCGAGCGCGCACAGCGGCCAGCACCCCACUAGUCGUGGAGCGUCCAGCUCGCGUUUCAUAUAAUGCAUCAAGGAGACAGGCGGCUCUUCGCAACAGGACGUCUGCCAUGUACGACCGCUGCCGGUGGUAGUGGCACGCGUAUCAAGUUCAUAGUAGCUCAGCCCUCCACGCACCGUCCGUCUUGCGUUACGGCUGUGAACGCCUGCCAAAUGCCAUCCGCUUCUGCCCGCAAGCACGUCGCCCUGGAACGUUCCAGCUCGCCUCACGCGCACAACUUAGAACUCUUCUCGGGCUUCUGCGCGAGUCCUGCCCGGCGUCCCCGCGUCAGGGCCUCACGGGCCCCGCAACAGCCUGCGCGUGUCGCACGCCAAGCCGGCUUUGCCACGCGCACGCCUUGCGAGAACAGCACGCACGCGGGGGCAAGGUGCUGUUUUAACUCCUUUUUGGCGGGACACCUCGAGUACUGUACAAAUACACAUGAGAUGCAGUCUAUGUAUGAUAAAUGAUAAACCGCGUCCGUAUAGAGACGAGACGGGGGUAAUGCGAUGCGAGCAGCAAACG